AUACCGGGCCCAAAAUAAACGGCCCAUCCCUUUUUACAAAACAAGACUAGGCGCUGACCGGAGGACCUUCGUUUGACCUCCACAUCCGGCGAUUUCAAGCGCCUGGUAAAGGGAGACGCGAGACCAGGGUUUUUUUUAUCGGAGAACCCACCGCCAUCAGCUUUCGCCGGCGAGUGACACGGCACGCACAACACCGCACAGAAAAUAAGAACCAGGGCAAAUGAUGUUCUCUGUAUUCAUUGCAUUUCUUAGCUGAUUCCUCUAGCCUCAUUCUAGGGGAGAAACUAAGGGUCUUACAAGGUUUAUCGGGUGUCUAGUGAUGACAUCAUCAUCUUCAAGAUUGCUCCAUGCGGGCUACUCAUUAUUGGGGAACCUCCGUAACAACUCUGCUGGGUUCAUGAGAGCAUCACAUGAGAUUAUAUCAAACGAUCUAUACACACAGCAAAUGAGGACAUUCAUACAAAUGAGGACCAGCCUUAAAGUGGUGGACAAUUCAGGCGCAAAGAGAGUGAUGUGCAUACAAGCUUUGAAGGGAAAGAAAGGGGCGAGGUUGGGCGACACGAUAGUUUGCUCGGUCAAGGAAGCACAGGCAGGCGGGAAAGUGAAGAAAGGAGAAGUCCAUUACGGCGUGGUUGUCCGCGCCGCAAUGCCGAGGGGCCGUUGCGACGGGAGUGAGGUCAAGUUCGACGACAACGCCGUCGUUCUUAUCAACAAGCAAGGCGAGCCAAUCGGGACCCGCGUUAUGGGUCCGGUCCCGCAUGAGCUCAGGAGAAAGAAGCACCUCAAGAUUCUCAGCCUUGCCCAACAUAUUGUGUGAUGAAGAGAGAAAGAAGGGGAUGAUGCUCUGUCUUCUGCUGUUUGCUCUUUUAAGGUCUGUGCUGAAUGAAAACACUUGCUUCCA